AUGGUCUCGCCCGUUUCUUUCGGCCCUUCGCCGCCAGGCGCGCACACCCGCUUGAGCACAAGCUCAUCGCCACAGCCCUCCAUGUCGUCCGCUAGCGACUCCCCAUUUACCACUCCCAACUUCGACUCCAGCAUAUUCAACCCCUCCGACACACAAUCUGAAGAGCGGACAGAGAGACGGACGGCUUCGCUCGAGGUCGUGCCCAAGCUUGAAGAGACCGAACUUCAAUUGGCCGAUGUGAAAGAGGAGCCCUCCCCGGAAGAUACGCCCAUCUCCCCCACCGAACCCGUGCGGAUACGUCGUGCCCGUGGCAGGCCCAGGAUACACCCUCCUCGCUCGCCCACUACUCUUGCAAAGCAGGCCAAGGCGCGAUCGAAAACGGGGUGCACGACAUGUCGGAAACGGAAGAAGAAGUGUGACGAAACCAAGCCAUUCUGCUUGUCAUGUCAAAAGAACAACAUCCACUGCGAGGGUUACAAGCCCGUUGAGAUAUGGAAGAGUGGAAAGGAACGGGCCGCAGAAGGUGUGUGGUUCUGCUCCGCCACCCGGAAGCGAAGUCUCGACGUCAAGUUCGAGCUUCCGCCGCUCAUGGAAGGCGUAGAGAACGACCUCGACCGUGACCUCCUUCAGCACUUUGUUAGCCGAGCCAGCGCCGUCCUCAGCUUACACGGCGACAAAGCAACCAACCCAUUUACCAAGAUUUUGCUACCCAUGGCACUCCAGCACGAAGGUCUAAUGCAUUCAGUACUGUGCCUGUCAGCUUCGCACAUGUAUUCUGUCAGCCCCUCACAGGAAUACGAGGACAGACAGGCCUUCCACCGAGGCAAAGCACUACAGCUUCUCAAGCACGAUCUCGAGCGACAAAAGGCCGGCGAGGGAGGUGUAAUGGUCUAUGAGGACUCUAACGUGGCUCAGAUACUACUGCAUCUUCUGCAUUCAAUAUGCGACGGCAACACUUCGGGCGAGUAUCGUAUGCACAUGAUCGCCGCAAAGCAGAUCGCGAUGAACCAAAAGUCAUCCAAUCCAGAGUUCCAGACCCUCUUUGACGAAUUUUUCUACUACCACUGGAUAGCAAGUCAGAUCACUUCCCUGGAUGGCACAGAGGUUCCCAUGAUGGAUGACUUCAACCUUCCUUUUAAGAUCAGCCCGGAGACGGCCGGACUAAUCGGCAUAUCGGACGGCCUCUUUGGUUUCAUCUCGAAGAUCAGCAACCUGCGACGCAAGAUACGCUCUCGUAUUGAUGAAAAGCAGGAACCGAUCAUGGACUACGAGGCCUUGCUUUCUGCUCAUGCCAUCGACACUGGUCUUCGCGGAUGGGUAUGCCCUCACACACCUGGAUCCCCUCUAUACACAAUCUCGAUGCUCUACCGCCAAGCGACGUGGGUCUACCUUUACCGAACGACCAAGGACUCGAAGCCCCACCCUUUCAUCAAGAGUGCAGUCGAUGACGGCAUUCGAUACAUCAACGAAUUACCCGCAGAAGGCUGGGUGCAAAGUAACGUUUUACUACCCUUGUUUCUUAUUGGGUGCGCCGCAUUUGAGGAAGAGCAGCGCGUCGAGAUCAAUCGCGCAUUCAGCGGUCUCAUUGCCUGCACCGGUCUAGGCAACAUCGGCUUCGCAAAAGAGGUGGUUGACGAAGUAUGGGUCAAGAUGAAUAACAACGACCCCGACUCGUGGGAUUGGGAAAAAAUUAUCAAUGCGCGUGGAUGGGACUUCCUGGCCACAUGA